GGCUCUCCCACCCUCUCCCUUUCUUUCUCUGCUUCCCUGUCACUGUUACUUCAGGAGACGUUCACUUUCACCAACCUUUCUCCAAGCAUCUCCAAGCCACUGACUAUAUAUAUUUUGCUACAAGAGACCUAGAAGAGGAAAAAGGCACGAGACUUUUCAACACGUCGUUUAAAAAAUCAUCAACGAAUUUCUUGAAAUGUUUGAGAGCAAUUAAAAGGAAAAGGGUUUUUUGAGCUACUAAGUGAACAAUCAUUCAUAUCGUCCACAUCCUGAGAUAUUAUCAUCCCUCGCUGUGGACGCUAGCGAGAUGACAGCUGCUUUUUCAUUUUUGAAUGUAAUAAAUAUUUGCUGCUUUUAACAUUUUCCGGAAUUUCUCCUCGCUAUUCCCUGGAAUUUUAACUCUAAAAGAUUGGAGAAAAGAUUAUCGAAAAGGCUUUUGCAAGCCUCCAAAAUGAUGCUGAGCCCGGACCAAGCUGCGGACUCGGACCACCCCAGCUCGGCGCACUCGGACCCGGAGUCUCUGGGCGGCACGGACGCCAAGGUGCUGGGCAGCGUGUCGGACCUGGAGCCGGUGGAGGAGGCCGAGGGCGACGGCAGGGGCGGCAGCCGGGCCGCGCUCUACCCGCACCCGCAGCAGCUGAGCCGCGAGGAGAAGCGCCGCCGCCGGCGCGCCACGGCCAAGUACCGCUCAGCCCACGCCACCCGCGAGCGCAUCCGCGUGGAGGCCUUCAACCUGGCCUUCGCCGAGCUCCGCAAACUGCUGCCCACGCUGCCCCCGGACAAGAAGCUCUCCAAGAUCGAGAUCCUGCGCCUGGCCAUCUGCUACAUCUCCUAUCUCAACCACGUCCUGGACGUGUAGGGCGGGGGGCGGCGCGGGAGGCCGCCUGUGCGGGCGUCGGCGAAACGCUGCCCACCCGGGCGGCCGCCGCGGGGAUGGCACAGGCGGCAGUGGCCCAGCGGGACGGCAGCCGCCAGAGACUCGGAUGGGGGAAGAAGCUCGCAACCUGUUCUCUCUGGUCAGCCGGGCAUCGAGGGAAGGU